CAGCACAGGCCCUACCCUGUACAUUCAGCAACAACACAAGACAAGACAAGGGAGACGAGUGCACUCCUUGACAGGAUCCCCGACAUAGAUUGGAAGGCAAGCUGGGUGACAUGACAUUGCUGGGAGAAGCAGCACUCCCACGGGUUGGGGUUGACAGCUGGGGUUUAUUCAUUACACAGAGUCUUUUGCAAAACGUUUCUUAAACGGACUCAAACGUAACGGGGAGAGACUUACCUGCAUUUGUCCAAUAGAAACUCUUGUUUUAGUAGUUUUGGACUAAUGAUUACAGCCCUGGUGUGAGGAGUCCCGUUUCAGACAUCGCAUGGAGGACAGGUGUUCAGUUAAGCAGUGAUGCCUCACCGAAUUGGACCAUAUUCAGAAUAAUCGGAUGGUCCAGAUUGAAGCAGUGGGUGGUUAGGAAUUGAGAUUUGAUGCCUGCAUUUUAGGAGGUUUUUUAGUGCUCGGACACUUGCCUUUUGACAUGCACUCAACACAUUUAUUUCUUAUUUCUAACGGAGCUAAUCAAGGCUCCAAGAAUGAAUGUUUUUUAAAAACGUAUUGCAUGGUUCAAAGUUGUUGGAGGAGCUUUGUUAAGUUGUUAGUUUAGUUGGCUUUGAGUUGCCAACUUGUUCCAGCACUGUAGCCUACGACUGCAAACAAAAAGGAAAAUAGAUUUUCUUAUCCCGGGAUCGGAUCUACUGUAGUUAUAAAAGUAACUUCAUGUUAAGUAAAAAAAAUGUGUGCAUGUAUAACAUUUGGUAGAACGCAAUGUAUAGGCCAAUACUUUAAUCUUUCACCUCCGUGGUCAAUACUCAUGGAUUCAGUAUCACAUUGACAGGACUUACUGAUUUAUCAAAUCGAAAUGACCUGAAUGUGUGCCUUUGAACGUUUAUGCAAUCUUCUACGAAAUCACCACUGGCCAACCAUGUUAUUUAGAUAAUUUGGUGAUCAACAACUGAUCAGACUAUUUUCCUAAAAACGUACGGGGACACCUAGAUAAAACUACCAAAACGUCAAAUACUAUGCAGCGUCUGUUCCACGGCGCCGACACGAGUUUGCCUGCAGCGGAGUGGAAGCGCUCAUAGCUGGACCACCACCCUCUCCAAAAGGCGCGACCUACCGGAUUCUUUUACCUCAUUGUGGAACGAGUUGCGGUCGGCAGGCAUGUUCGCCGCAGUGGAGCAUGGCCCCGUCCUGUGCAGCGACUCCAACAUCCUCUGCCUGUCAUGGAAGGGCCGGGUACCCAAGAGCGAGAAGGAGAAGCCAGUGUGCCGGCGGCGCUACUAUGAGGAGGGCUGGCUUGCCACAGGGAAUGGGAGAGGGGUUGUCGGGGUAACGUUCACAUCCAGCCACUGCAGAAGGGAUCGGACUACCCCACAGAGGAUCAACUUCAACCUGAGAGGACACAAUAGUGAGGUGGUGCUGGUGCGAUGGAACGAGCCCUUUCAGAAGCUGGCCACCUGUGACACAGAUGGAGGGAUCUUUGUGUGGAUCCAGUACGAGGGCCGCUGGUCUGUGGAGCUGGUUAAUGACCGCGGGGCUCAGGUGAGUGACUUCACCUGGUCUCAUGACGGUACCCAGGCUCUCAUCUCUUACCGUGAUGGCUUUGUCCUGGUGGGCUCGGUCAGCGGCCAGAGACACUGGUCAUCAGAGAUCAACCUGGAGAGCCAGAUCACCUGUGGUAUCUGGACCCCCGAUGACCAGCAGGUGUUGUUUGGUACUGCGGAUGGCCAGGUGAUUGUGAUGGACUGCCACGGGCGCAUGCUGGCCCACAUCCUGCUGCACGAGUCAGACGGCAUUGUCAGCAUGUCAUGGAACUACCCCAGCUUCCUGGUGGAGGACAGCAGCGAGAGCGACACCGACUCAGACGACUACACACCACCACAAGUGCAACGUUUGAAGCCUCUGCUGACGGUCAGCUUCACCUCUGGAGACAUCAGCCUGAUGAACAACUAUGAUGACCUCUCUCCCACUCUCAUCCGCACUGGCCUCAAGGAUGUAGUGGUCCAGUGGUGUUCUCAGGGUGAUCUCCUGGCCGUGGCUGGGAUGGAGAGAGCUGUCCUGCCCUCCGACUCCUCCUGUCUACCUCCCACCAGAAACGCCAUCGUCAAGUUCUACAACGUCUGCGGAGAGCACAUCUACACACUGGACACGCCUGCACAGCGUCCCAUCACCACGCUGUGCUGGGGUCACCGGGACUCUCGUCUGUUCUUGGCGUGCGGCGCGGUACUCUACGUGGUGCGGGUGGAGCACCGGGUGGCCAGCCUGCAGCUGCUGUGCCAGCAGGGCAUCGCCGGGGCGCUCCGGGAGGAGAAGGACGUGGCAAAGCUCACCAUGCCCUCUCGUCUCUGCUCUUACGUCACCACAGCCUUCGCACCCACCAUCAAGCCCCCCAUUCCGGACCCCAACAAUAUGCGUGACUUUGUGAGUUACCCGACGGCGGGGAACGAGCGUUUGCACUGCACCAUGAAGCGUACGGAGGACAACCCUGAGGUGGGCGGGCCCUGUUACACCCUCUACCUGGAAUACCUGGGGGGCUUGGUGCCCAUCCUCAAGGGCCGACGCAUCAGCAAGCUCCGUCCCGAGUUCGUGAUCAUGGACCCCAAGACGGACGGCAAAGCAGAUGAGGUGUAUGGGAACAGUCUGAUCUCGUCGAUGAUAGACAGCUGUAACUGUUCAGACUCCAGUGAUAUAGAGCUGAGUGACGACUGGGUCGGCAAGAAAUCCCCAAAGAUAUCCAGAGGCAGCAAGUCUCCCAAACUUACCAGGAUCAAUAUUGACCCCAGGAAGUCCCCCAAACUGUCCCGCGCUACGCAGGAGAUCUCGCGGUCGCCACGGUUACCCAUCCGGAAGCCGUCCAUUGGAUCCCCAAGUCUCACCCGCAGAGAGUUCCCCUUAGAUGACAUCACACAGCAUAACUACCUUGCUCAGGUCACAUCCAACAUUUGGGGAACAAAGUUUAAGAUUGUGGGACUUGCCACCUUCUUGCCAACCAAUCUUGGUGCAGUGAUCUACAAGACGAGUCUGCUCCACCUGCAGCCCAGACAGAUGACCAUCUACCUGCCGGAGGUGCGUAAGAUCUCCAUGGACUACAUCAACCUGCCCGUGUUCAGCCCCAACGUUUUCAGUGAGGACGAGGAUGACCUGCCCGUCACCGGGGCCUCCGGCGUGGCCGACGACAACCCUCCCUGCACCGUCAACAUCCCCAUUGCCCCCAUCCACAGCCCUGCCCAGGCUAUGUCCCCCACCCAGAGCAUCGGCCUGGUCCAGUCCCUCCUAGCCAAUCAGAACGUCCAGCUGGACGUCCUAUCCAAUCCCACGGCCAUCUCCUCCGUGGCUGCUGCAGGGGCGGGGGGGUCGUCUGACCAGGGCCAGGACACCAUCCUGACCGCCCAGUACACGGUUCCCAGCAGGUACUCAAGUCCUGGACAGGUCAUCUUUGGAGGGCUGGAGAUGAGCCGGCUUCUGGUUGGGCCUCCCCAGAUCCAGAUCCCCCACCCUGCAGGGGGGCUGGUGGCUGAGAGAAGGGUCAGUGUAGAAAAUGAGCACCUGCUGAAGAUCAAACCCACCCGCUCUGCCCCCCAGCUGGCUGAGGGGGACACGGUGGUGUUCAGUGCCCCUCUGGAGCUCAGCAAGAUGAACCCCCCACCCCCCUACCCCGGGACGGUGGCUGCUGCUGCAGCUGCAGCCUCUGGACAGGCUGGGGGCAGUAACGGCACCCCGCCGCCAGUGGACCUGUGCCUGAAGAAGGGUGAGUUCUCCCUGUAUCCUCCUGGCCAGCAGGCGGCACAGUACCCAACGCCGCUAGGCUACGAGCGGAUAACUACAUUCGACAGCAGGGGUAACGUGGAAGAGGUGUGCCGGCCUCGAACGCGGCUCGUCUGCAACCAGAACAUCUACACGCUCCAGGUCCCGGGAAGCUCAGCCACCCUCCGGGUUACCUCCUCUUCUUCCUCCUCUUCCUCAUCGGACGGGAAGAAGAUCCAACUGCCCUACGCCUCAGCAACCCUCAACAGGCUCACCGUUCCCCGCUAUUCCAUACCCAGCGGAGAUCCGCCCCCCUACCCCGACACAGCCAAUCAGAACACCACAGGGGGGAGGAGCCCCGGACAGAGGCUGGACAGCAGUCUGAUCCACGCCACACUCAGACGGAACAGCCGAGAGGCCGCUCUCAAAGUCUCCCAGAUGCUGGACCCUCAGAGGACCCUGCCCCCCAAAGCCAAAUCCCAAAACGCUGCACUGGCAGCUUCCUACCAGCAGAGGGUGCCCACAGCCCUGUACACCUGCAGUCAGUGCAGUAGUAACAGCAGUUCGCUUAGCAGUGCAGCCAGCAGUGCUCCCAGUGGAACUGCGAAUGGAAUCGCAGGAGGUACAAUCAUUAGACAGGAUUUCCCUCUGGGGAAUGGAGCUCCUCACAGCACGGUGAUCGUCCACUCCAACAGCGCCUCUCCCUUAGCCUCUCAUUCCUCCUACAACCUGCUGAGCCUGGAUGGCUCUGGGAAUGGAGGAGGAGGUGGGAACAGAGACAGGGCUGACUAUGUGAACUCUGCCUUCACAGAGGAUGAAGCACUGAGUCAGUCAUUGAGGCAUCUGGCGCUAGGGGGUGCAGAUGUGUCUGGACUGACAGUCAAGAGGCCUCCGCCGUACCAGUGGGACCCAGCCGCCACUGAGGAGGUGUGGGUGCCCCAGGAACGGACUGGUACUCUGAGCUCUGCUGCCCCCCCCGGCACCCACAAACCACCCCCGCUCAUCCUCAGCCCGGCCCAGCACCUCGACCUCUCCCGGCUGCCUUUCGUCCUCUCCCCCAAGUCCCCCACCAGCCCCAGUGCUGCCUCUUUCCAGGCCGCCGCUGCAGCUGCAGGUUACCAGAUCUCCCUCCAGUACGCUCCUGGCACAACCUACAGUGGGCCCCAGCAGCAGCCCAUGCCAGGCUCUCCCCGGCUUUGCUCCCCUAAGGAGGUGGUGGCCCCGGUCCCCUUCUCCCAGCAGGAUGCCACCCUGGUCCUUCCACCUGGCUAUCCAGCCAACCUGUCUAACCUGGCCUGCUGCCCCCUCCCUCCAAUGUACCCGGGGGGUAGCUCCUGUGCCGGGCUCCCCAUCCCCCCCAUUGCCCUACACACUCCCUGGGGCACCUACAAUCCCUGCCCCCCCAUGCCCAGCCCUUCGGGGACGCUGCCCCCCAUGCCCGCCAAGCUCUCUCAGAUGAUGGUGGACAAGUCAGUCCUCUCUCCCCCUCCUCCCCCACCACCUCCCCCUCCCCCAGCAGAGAUGCAGCUGCAGGGUCACGGUGGCUCCCCAGAGGCCAUGGCCAUGGAGGCCGGAGAGGGCUUCCAGGAGGUCCUCUCCCUCAACGAGAGCCCCGUGCCCAGCAGCGCUGACAAGUUCGGCAAGAAGAACCGCAAGCGGGCCGAUGGCAGGGUUGAGGAGGCCAAUGCACCGGCCAUCGCCGAGGGAGGCAAGUCCAAGAAGGAGGGUCGGGCCCUGGGCGACUUCAACUCUCUGAUCUCCAGCCCGCGGCUGAGCGGCAGGGACAAGAAGAAGCCCAAAGGCCAGAAGGAGCAGCAGCUAAAGGCUAAGAAGCUGAGCAAGGCUCCCACAAACAGUGAGUUCCAGGACAGCUCAGAGAGUGAACCUGAGCUCUUCAUCAGUGGGGACGAGCUGCUCAACCAGUGCCAGAGCGGCAAGAAGGGCUGGAAGAGCAAGAGGAGCCUGCGGGUGGCCAGCGAGCUGGAGGAGAUCAAGUGCCGCAAGGCCAACGAGAAGGAGGACCGCGGGCUGGGAAGCCAGGGCUUUGUCUAUGUCAUGGCCAACAAGCAGCCACUGUGGAAUGAGGCCACUCAGGUCUACCAGCUGGACUUUGGGGGACGUGUCACACAGGAGUCGGCCAAGAACUUCCAGAUCGAACUGGAGGGGAGACAGGUGAUGCAGUUUGGCAGGAUUGACGGCAACGCCUACAUCCUGGACUUCCAGUACCCGUUCUCUGCUGUUCAAGCCUUCGCAGUGGCUCUAGCUAAUGUCACUCAACGCCUCAAAUGAGGUCCCACCCUCCACUUACACUGAAUCCUAGCGUGGAUCGGACCAUCUGCUGGAAGAUUAUUUAAUUUGAAGUUACUUUAAUAUUGGAGAAGAGACUGAAAUCAACUCUGUUUGCAAAUCGCAUCGCAAGCGAGAAAACGAGACACUGUGGUGCUGCACUGCCCAAUGUGGCCACCAGAGGGUGCAAUAAGCAUGGGCUGCAGGCAUUGGAGCAGGGCCAUAGUCUGCCUUGGCACUGUCAGCGGUCCCCUGUACUGCUUACAUGGCCCAAGAGCUCAGCUUUCUGUAGUCGUCAUGCAAAUAAAUGCUGCUUUAGCUAAUGGAAGCUAGCUAGUGGAAAGACUUAUCUCACAACCUUAAAAUGGUUUGGGUUUUCUGUCGGUAUGGUUAUGAGAGAUGAGUCGUUCUCUCUGCAGUUUUAAAAAGGAGCAGCAGUAAUACUUGAAAAAACUAUCUGGAAGAUUGAAGAUGUCGUUUUUUUCUUUCCAGAGCGUACAGGUACUACUGGGCACUGAAAUCCGUUGCUGUAUGAAACUUAAGUGAAACCGUUAUCAUCACUUAAUAACACUGCUUUGGCUUUUAGGUUUUUACACCUGAAGAUAAAAAUGUUCUUGGCUUUUGAAAUGUUAUUUUUUAGUUAUCUGCCAUGUGUUUUGUUACAAUCCAAAUCUAUCUUGGCUGGAUUUGAGGUUUCAAUAAAUGCAUUGUAUUGUUGGAGCACUAGCACACGCAAAUGCGCAAGUUGUCUGAUUUCCCUGUUGUCAUGAACUUUGGAGAGGUAAGGGGGAAAAAAGAUGUAAGCUGAACGGCAGUCCUUGGAAUUUGAAGGAAGAAAAGAUGAUGUAACUCAUAUGGUUUAAUGUAUCUCUGCAUUUGUUUUUCCUCUUGUUACGAAUAGGUCAUACAGUAUUCAGAUAUGAAUUUUAACAUUGUAAUUGUUCUUUGUAUUCAUGUUCUUAUUAUACAAUCUUAGUACCUUGUUUACAUGUAUUUCAAGAUGUCUGCUUUAUUUGGGAGAGACAGAGACUUAAUUGAAAUACUGUUCUGUACACUACAAAAUCGGUGUGUUUUAAAACGGUUUUACAGAAUAGUUGUGACCGUUAUCCUGUAUCUCCCAUUUUUAUCAUGGUGACAUGUUGAUGGGGACGCAAACAAAGAUCCUAGAGGUAAGAGUUCACCAAUCUGAACUCUGACUUUUGUUUCCCUGACAUGAAGUGAUUUGUCACCUGCUGUCACUUCUGUGAAGUGAGCGUCAGCAUGUAGGCGUGUCCUACCCUUAAGCCCACACUAAACAAGUAAGCAAGGUACAGGAAAUAUUUUUGUAUAUUUCACCUAUGCCAUUUCAUAAUUAUUAUUAUUAUUAUUUUUAAGUCUUGUAAAUAUUUGCCACAUAUCAGUCAUAAAUAUUGUAAAAUGAUCUGGUGGAGUUGGACGAACAGCUGUUUUCAUCGUAGCCAACUGUGUAGGUUCAACAUUAUGGAGGAUAGCUAUAGAAAUACACUACAAUCACUGAGGAACCUGACAUGUUUCUAUUCUUUCAGUCUUUGAAGUCAACCUCAAUUAAGGAGAAAGCUAUCUUAACUUGUUAGAACUUGGCAAGCUGAACCUGCAAUCUUUUAAGCGGACUAGUUUUUUUUAGACAGCCAGGCUUGGGGUCUCUGACCUGUGAACAGUCUGCAGGGGAAGGAUGCUGGAGCAAAAGCAGAUAGACACUUCAAGUGUUUGCGGACUUAAGUGUGGUAAGAUACCUGUUAACAUCAUCCACACUACUCAUUUUCAAACGUAUCAUUGGAAAAAUAUCUAAUUGAUGGAUGGUUAGGAUCACUUCAAAACGUGCGUGCCAAAAGAUGGAAUUACUACAUUUGGAAGAUUAAUACAAAGGGGCCUAGAUCACGUGUGUGCACAUGUGUGUGACAGAGAGAGCGAUCACUCCAAAGCAGAUCCACACACACAUCAUGGUCUUGACAGCAAUGAGAUUAUUAGAUUUGAUUAGAUUUUUCUUUCUUCCUCUGAGCUGUAUGUGAUAGUUGUUGGUUGGGGUGGGAUUAAGAUAGACUUGAUUUAAAGAAAAUAGCAUUACUUAAAAAUAUCCAUCAAUGUUCAUUUUGUGUUAACAGACAAUUUUGUUGUGCAAUAUUUUCUAAAGAAAGGUUCUCCCCUCACCAACACUGUUUGACAACCCUUCACUUUCACACUAGUAGUGUGGGGAAACUAUGAAAUUAAAUUUCUUUUUGCUGGUCUGUACAUUUUAUUUGAGAUUGUUUUUAUUAAGCUGAAGGCUGUACAUAACUUGUUGACUUUGCUGAAUAUUUCUUUCUGUUGAAAGGGGUUUGUUACUGGUGUAGCCUAUUUGUCAGAUCAUGGGAGGGGAGGG